AUGGGCGCAGAACAAUCUUCAUCGCGUAGUGGGGAUGCACAAAAUAAUGGCGGGGUAGUCAUGAAAACAUGUUACUACGAAUUGUUGGGCGUCGAACGACAGGCUUCAGAUGAUGAGAUCAAGAAGGCUUAUAGGAAAAAAGCGCUGGAACUCCAUCCCGAUCGAAAUUAUGGUAAUGUUGAAACUGCCACCGCGAAGUUUGCCGAAGUUCAAUCUGCCUACGAGGUCUUGUCAGAUCCACAAGAAAGAGCCUGGUAUGACUCUCAUCGAUUAUCAAUCCUAGGAGGCGGUGAUCCUGCGGAAGACGACUUUGCGGAUAAUGUUCGAAUAACGAGCGCAGCGCAUAUCAUAAGCUUGAUUGGAAAAUUCGAUUCCAGUGUCCCCUUCACGGAUGCUCCGAAUGGGUUCUUUGGUAUACUUCGAGAGACAUUCGCAACUCUUGCGAAAGAGGAGAACGCAGCAUGCGAUUGGGAUGGCCUUGAAUUAGUUGAUUAUCCUGAUUUUGGGACCGCUGAGGAUGACUAUGAGGACGUAGUCAAAUCUUUUUACAGAGCCUGGGUGAACUUCACAACGCAGAAGUCAUUUUCAUGGAAAGACCUCUACCGGACCUCCGAUGCGCCAGAUAGGGCAACCCGCCGAUUGAUAGAGAAAGAAAAUAAAAGGUCCCGGGAUGAGGCCAAAGCAGAGUUUAAUGAUGCCGUCAGACAUCUCGUUCUAUUUGCGCGAAAGAGGGAUCCCCGCUUUACUCCGAACUCACAAACCCAGGAGGAGAGGCAGAAAAUAUUGCGGGAUGCUGCAUCGGCCCAGGCAGCUCGUAAACGAGCGGCAAAUCAAGCCAAGAUGAACAGCUAUGUGGUUCCGGACUGGGCGAAAUCCGAUGAAUCUGAAGGUGUAAUCGAAGAAUCAUCUGAAGAGUCUGAGGUUGAAGUAAUAGAGUGCGUUGUUUGUAACAAGACAUUCAAAAGCGAAAACCAAUUUGAGGCACAUACGAAAAGUAAAAAACAUACCAAGGCCGUACAGGCUAUCCAGAAACAAAUGCGCAAAGAGAACAAAUCUCUACACUUGGAUACACCACCGGAACCAAAGGGUAGCGACCUUGAUGAUGGUUUCGAAAGACUUGAAGUUACGUCAGAGAAUGGGAAGCGUGAGUCUGCUAUUGAUGAUGCAACUGAAGCUGAAGAAGUGGGACGCUCGCCAUAUGAUCACGACUCGAAUGCCGGCAAAUCAGAUGGUCCGGCCAAAGAUGAUUCUGAUAGCGACAGCCUAAAUGAUGAUUACGCACCCAGAGUAGUAGUUGAGGAAAGACUAGCGGCAGCAGUAUCGCGAGAUGCAGUCUCUCUUGAAACCGAGGAUCUGGAGCUUGGUCAAGAUUCAACCAAAGAUAUAGAGCAAGAUGCUUCUAGCGAUCCUGCUCCAAAGAAACCUCUUGGAAAAGCGAAAAUGAAACGUGCCAAGAAAGCUGCUCAAAAGGAACCUGCAGGGCUGCAGGGCGAAAAUUUUAAAUGUGCCAAUGUGACAUGUCAUGAGUCGUUCUCCUCGAAGAGCAAGCUCUUCAACCAUAUCAAAGAAUUUGGUCACGCCUCACCCAUACAAAAGCUGAAAAUGGGAGCUAAGUUAUGA